GAGGAUUUGCGUUCUUCUCCCGGGGCGUGGAAUGAAUAAUGAAUGAUUAACGAGUGGAGAAGGAAGAAUGCUCCAUCAAAGAAUAUCGCAUUGGUUCAAUACAACAACACAAUACGGUCAUAGUGAUACGAUACGUCGUCUUCACCUCCUAUCAACGUACAUGGUAUCGCACAACGCAUCGACUGACUGAAUCAUUCGACUUAUCGUCUACCGGAAAAUAUUCUGCAGACGAUACACGAUACACGAUACACUCCCUACGAUACACUCCCUACACUUACUUCUACUCCAGUUUUUACACACCGAUUAGGAUUCGACAACCCAGAUUAAUCUAUUCAAUCGUCAUUCAGUACAUCACCAUCCACAUCAACACCCACCGCUUCUUUUCUUUUCUUCUCGCAGCUGUGCAUUGAAACGCCUGCGAGGUAUUUGUAACUCAACAUGGCAGACCAUGCGUUUGCACUCAGGAAAGAAUUUAUUACGGGACUCCCCAAGAUUUCUUCAUCUUCAUCAAUCGCAGACAUGAGAAUUACCGAAUCUCAAAAGCUAAAAGUCCUGGUGGCCGCAAAUGGAAGUAAAGAUGUUGCACAAGCUCUCGCUCUCGUCGUGAGGUUAUCGAAGAAUCCCAAGAUCGAAACACGAGCGAUUAUAGACGAAGAAGCAUGGCCAUCAUAUCGAUUGUCUCAAGAGACACUGGCGUACCAAAAUAAGAGGUUCUUGACGAGGGAGACGGAUGAGGCAAGGAAGGGUAUAGAGCGAGAUCAAAUCGAAUAUUUUCGACAAGAGGCCUUUGAAUUGUGUGACUGGGCAGAUAUACUGGUACUAGCACCUAUCGAUGCCGACACGUUUGCGAAAAUGUUGCACGGCAUAACCGAUUGUCUAUUGCUCGAAAUUCUCCGUGGGUGGGAUGUUUCCAAGAAGGUAUUACUUGUACCAGGAAUGACAACAUCCAUGUGGGAGAACCCGAUCACAAAGAAACAAUUGAAUAAAGUACGGAGAAAGUGGCAAUGGGUUCGAGUGAUGCAACCAAUACUAUGGCAUUAUGAUGCGAAGGGGCCAGAGAAAUGCUUUGUCGGGUGGGAUGGAUUUAAUGAACUUGUCGACGUUAUCAAAAAUCAAGCAGAACUUUUGACAAUUGGACAUGAUGUGGAUAUUGCUGCAUCGGGUGCGGCAAGUCUUGCAAGAUAUAAUAUGAAGACAGAUGCGCUCCUUCCACCAGAGAUAUGGUCCCUCAUUUUCGAAUACGUAGGAGACUGGGAGGUUUCGAGAGCGCUCAAUGUUUAUGCCAAAAUACCGAGACCGAUUGAGUGGCAGCGAAAGCCCGACGAUACACAAGAUGAAUUGCAAACUUAUAUGCGAUCACUCGAAUGGAUUAUUCUUACAUCUCCCGUUUACAAAAUCAUCGACAAACUAAAUACCGCCCCUGAGAAUAUGCGAGAGCUUUCCCCGCUAUGCGUUAAACUCAUCAUCAAAUUCUGCCUCACGGAGGUCCUCUCAUAUCUAGAAACAAAAUUCAAGGACGUGUUUUGGGCUACCUUUGGACAGAAACUUUUACCCACAAAAGCCUCUGCUGUUUAUGGACGUGCGGAAAUUCUAGAAUGGUGGCGCACAUCUCCUUCUUUCUUAUCAAAAGACUAUACUGCAGAAGCAAUUGAUGGAGCCUCGAAAUCUGGAUACGUACAUGUUCUCGAUUGGUGGAGAAAAUCUGGACUUCCUUUGAAAUACACAGAAUUGGCACUGGAACAAGCAUCUUCCAAAGGACACAUGUUAGUUCUUGAAUGGUGGAAACAAGCAAGUCUUCCACAUAACGAGGCCGAAAGACGAACUCGACAUGCAGAAGCUACCACAAAUACCUCUGAUGUUCUUCCAGCUUUACAACUUAAACCUGGUAAAGCACUACUAGCCGCAGCUCAAAACAAUAAAUCUCUCGUUCUUCGUUGGUGGGAUAAUUCUGGUAUUCCUAUCGCACAUUCUGAAUCCGUGGCUAAAGUUGCAUCGGCUCAUGGACAUGUUGCAUGUUUAGAUACAUGGCGUGAACUCAAGGGCGAAAAACUAGCAUUCGAUAAUCAGGUUCUAGUAGGUCCUACGAAGAAUGGUCAUGUAGAAGUUUUGGAAUGGUGGGCAAACCUUAGCCAUGUAUCUAAUGGAAGACCGGGAGGAAGGGUUGAAUAUAAAACCUGCGAUAUAGAAGAAGCUCUCGAAGAUAGUGUAGGAAAUGAGGGAGAAGAAUUAGAGGUUAGGAGAUGGUGGGCGAAGAUGGGGUUGAAUCUAGGGGGCUCGGUUAGUGAGUGGACCAGGGUUAAGGUUUUGUAGAUAAAGCGAUGGGAAUGGGAACAGUAAUGAUAUGAUAUUGUGUUGGUAACACACAGAGUGUAUGGGUAUGGAUGGUCCGGGGUGCAUGGAUUUGGUAUGAGCAUUUACGUGGAGUUAUAUAGCGACUUAGAUAUCUGAAUUACUUUGGGUGUAGUAUUA